AAUAUAAAUAGAACAUCUUUUGUACAACGACAUGAACCAUAUCCACCUAAUGUACCUAUAUCGGAAGAUAGUCGACGUCAUCGUCGUCAUCGUUUAAAUGAACAAACACAACAAUCUUCAAAACAUGUCUUUCAAUCGUCGAACAAUAUGGAUGAUUCUAUAAUACAUUUUAAUAAUCGAAAUCAACAAAAUAAAUAUUCAGAAAAUGAAUCGAAUAACUCACAAAUUAAUCUUUAUAAUUCAGAUAUAUCGGUGCGUCGAAAGAGUAUUUUUCAUUCAUUAAAACUAAAAAAAGAUAAAAUUCCUUUAUCACGUCCAUCAAGUGUUGAUAUUGGUAACGUUGUUGAUCAAAAACAAAAUCGAAAAAAUCGACUAUUAUCGAGUGGAACACUUCGACCAGCAAAAUCAUUGCUGAAUCUUCUAACAGGUGGUAAUUCAUCAUCAGGAAAACAUGAUCAAUCAUCAAAUCGAAAGCAAGAUUCUUCUCCUACUACAACUAUAAAUAAUAAUAGAAGACGACCAUCAAUAAAUAGUCGAUCACCAAGUAGAGAAAAUGAAAGAAUACCAACAUUGAACAAUAAUCAAUAUCGAAAUAGAAAACAACCAUGUAUGUGGAAUUUAGAUUUUACUCCAUAUAAUUCACCAUUAAUAAGAAUUAAAUGUUUUUAUCGAUUUUUACCAGUUUUUGGUACUGGACUAAAUCCGGAUACAAUGCUAAAAGAAGUCAAUUAUUCAUGCUUUGGACGGAUCGGUUAA